AACCCAUUGGAAUCGAUUCCACUCAUCACCGCCUUCUACUUUGGCCACACGUGGUUCCUGGUGGUGGUGGUCUCGCAGAGGCUUGGGCCUGCUUUGUUGUUUUAAUUACAGAUAUUCGCCAUCGAUAUUAAUAACAGAGAUCAAUCGGCGGCGUCGCUAGGUGCUUCGUGGUGCCGCUACUGGUUUGUUGCUGCUGCUGCGUACGGUGCGAAAGAAGUUCAAGGUCCAAGCAUGCUGAGGAGGCAGGCGCGGCUGCGCCGUGAGUACCUCUACCGCAAGGCGAACGAGGCCAAGAAGAACCUCGUGGAGGAGAAGAAGGCACGACUCAAGAGGGCGCUGGAUGAAAACCUGGUGCUGCCCACGGACCUGCGGCGGGAGGCGCUUGAACUCCAGAAGGCCGCGGAGUUCGACGACCAGGGAGGAGAGGGAGUGAGUAGCCACGUGGAUGACGAGUACCGCUGGGCCGGCGUGGAGGACCCACGCAUUAUGGUGACGACCUCGCGCGACCCCAGCUCCCGCCUCAAGCAGUUCGCCAAGGAGAUCAAGCUGAUCCUGCCGAACGCUCAGCGGAUGAACCGCGGAGGCCACGAGCUGGAGGCGCUGGUGCGGGCGUGCCGCGCCAACGCCGUCACCGACUUCAUCGUCCUGCACGAGCACCGCGGCAUGCCAGACGGGAUGGUGGUGUGCCACCUGCCGCUGGGCCCCACGGCGUACUUCACGCUCUCGAGCGUGGUGAUGCGGCACGACAUCCCGGACGUGGGCACGAUGUCCGAGGCGUUCCCGCACCUCGUGAUGCACAACUUCACGUCGCGACUCGGCAAGAGGGUGUCGAACAUCCUCCGGUACCUGUUCCCCGUGCCCAAGGAGGACAGCCGGCGCAUCAUCACGCUCGCCAACGACGACGACUACAUCUCGUUCAGGCACCACGUCUACAAGCGCGACGGCAAGGACAUCGAGUUGAAGGAGGUGGGACCGCGGUUCGAGAUGAAGCUGUACGAGAUUAAACUUGGCACGCUGGACAACGCGGCCACCGCCGAGGUGGAGUGGCGCUGGCGACCGUACAUGAACACGGCGAAGAAGAGGAAGUUCCUGAGCGUGGAGUGAGGGAAGGGGGCGACUUCCCCCCCCCCUCCAACACCGCGAGGGGGGGGGGGUUUGUCCCUGGAACCCCCCCGGAGUUGGAGUCGAACCUGGCGGCGCUCUCUGCUGAGGCCCGAGGCGUUGAGAGGUCGCCGCGUGGAUAGGGCAGUGCGUGAAUCGCUGUGCCAACCCUCGUCACGCACGCGCAUCAUACGCGUCACACACACACACACACACAUUGCGGAUGGACAUUUAUCACACACACAGCACUCACAUCGUCACGUUUCGCACACAGACGCACACAAUUGCACAAAAAGACAAAGGUACCCCGUGUAGCCGUUAACAAGUUGCUGGGGCAAGUGCUGUUAGCGGGUCGCGUCUAUGAAGGCCGGCAUGGCACAGAAGUGGGUGGGUGGCCAGCCUCACGUCUGCCUGCCUGCCUUUGUUUCCCCAGUUUUGCGAUGUUAUACACACCACACCACGUACUCGUUUAUGACUGAAUAAUACUCGGGGGGGAGGCCCAUGACCGGUGUCAUAAAUUCGCCACUCAUAUUGGCCGUGAGCGGGAAUUGAAGUCGGAUGGCUGGGUUCGUAGUGAAGUCCGCUAACCGCUGCACCACCACUCCCCAAACGGGGCACACAAACCUACACGUGUAAACAAAACGAAACAUUAACAUUUAUUUAAGUAAAAAAAAAUACCAAGUCGUGCAGAUGGAGAAAGUGGCGUGUCGCCGUGUACAGCACCGUUCUCUCGUAGCUACGCGCCUCGGGUGAGAGGUCUUGGCUUUAGUGCUACCCAGUGUUUUUGUAUGUGAAAACCUGUCAAAAUAAAUAAUAUUUUUUGGAAGUCA